AUGAAAGGAUUAUUGGCACCCCAGAACACCUUCUUAGAUACCAUAGCGACUAGAUUCGACGGAACACACAGUAACUUCAUACUUGCAAAUGCUCAGGUGGCCAAGGGAUUCCCUAUAGUUUACUGUUCAGAUGGCUUCUGUGAACUUGCUGGGUUUGCUCGAAUGGAAGUCAUGCAGAAGAGUUGCAGCUGUAAAUUUUUAUAUGGUGCUGAAACAAACGAACAGACAACACUUGAAAUUGAAAUGUCACUAGAGGAAAAGAGUGAAUUCAAGGGGGAAAUCAUGUUUUACAAGAAGAAUGGUACUUCAUUCUGGUGUCUAUUGGACAUUAUUCCCAUAAAGAAUGAAAAGGGUGAUGUGGUCCUUUUCCUUGCAUCCUUUAAGGACAUUACAGAUACAAAAAUGAAAAUUGCCCAGGAAGAGAAAAAAGAAG